ACCAACUGGCAGCAGGGCGUCCUCGAAAAGUUUGCUCCCUCAUUCGGCCAGCAUCGACGACGACACUCAAAUUAUCAUCCUCCCCCCUGGCCUCCCUCAUCUCACCCGACUACUCUUCUUCCGUCUUCUCGUCUGCCCACGGCCCACUCUGGCCAACCUCAGCACAUGCAUCAUUAUCACCUUCACAAUUGCUAUGCUCUGUUCAAGGGCCCACGACGACUGCUUCAUCUUCGCACUCUGUCACUCUUACCCUUUCGGCCACUUUAUCAAAAGACGCCAUUUGCUUGCAGUCACUUUGUUGCAGGACGAGUCUAUCUGGUCCUGUCGCCGUGGUCUGAAGAUGGCGCGGUGCGGUGGGGUGGGGUUACGAGUGGUAGCGGUGCCUCCAGUUGCCGCAGGCCAACCAAUCCGUUCACACUUGUCGACCGCUUUAGAUGCCAGCUAAACCUCAGGCGCCAUCGGGUUGGGGUGCUAAGACCUGGACACUUUCCUGAGGGUACAGGCAGACUGACCAGUCGUCCAAACAGCCAUGUCCUCCUCCUGCCAGUGGGCCUACGGGAGAGUAUAUUCACAACUGUAUCAACUUGUGCAUCUGCACACUCGGAUCCCGGUGGCCGAAAUCACGGACUCUCAGGUGUCAUCCGAUCUGAAGGCCCGACUCAAGCCGACCGUCUGCAGGCACUGGGGCAGAUCAAACCACUUGAUCCGGAGAAUUGGGCUGCGAGGAGGACAAGUGCUAUGGGAAAUGGGUACAUUGCGUUGUUAGCACUCGGAAUGGCCCCAUAUUUGUGA